GCGCCGACGCCGGCGCCGCAGCCCAGCGCUGCCGCGCCGGCAGCGGCGGCGCGUGUGCGGGCGGCAGGCGGGGGCGUCGUGGACCCCGACUCGAUCGCGAGGCAGGCCCACUUGGAAUCAGCGCGCAGUAUCUUGGUGGGCGUUGCGCACGCCCUCUCGGUGGACGGCAUACUGCCGCUCAAGACGCCCCCCCUCUCGGCCAAAGACCUCGUGCGGGUUCAGGGCUUUGGGGAUCCGGGCGUUCCGCACGCGACAGGCCCCUGCCUGUACGCGGCGCGCCGCGCACGCGACGGCAAGUGGGUCGCCGGGGGGGCGUGGGACCUGCGAGUGGCGCAGGCGCGGGUGGCCGCGCACCAGGGGGGCAGGCCCGACGAGCUUCUGUUCGUCCAGCUCAGCAAGGCCGGUGGGGGCGCGCUCUCUGCCGUGGACGGCGCGGUGGACUGGGAUUGCGCGCUCGCGGCGGGGGGCGCUGAGGUCGUGUGGCGCAUGUGCGCAGCGGGCAUGGACGUGCUGCCAUGA